UAUCACAAAGUACCCAACAAAAUGCCUUAUAUCUGGCCAAAGGUAGUUACGAUAAUGGAUUCACAGGACCGUCAAAGUCCCCCCGAAAAUGCCGCAAAUACAGAAGGCUCGUUAACCUCACGAACAACGGAUAGAGUACGCGUAAAGAACAGACGGCUACGUUACUUGGAGCUGCACCCUGAAUACUUCGGCCCAUCCUUAGAACUUGCAGAUCCGCUGAUGUAUGAUCGCCUGAUAAGACGGUUUCAGUCAUCUGAAGAGCGUGAAGCAGAAGGAAGGAAGAAGGGCUAUUCCGGAAUUCUGGAAGCCGAUUUGUGGAGAGCAGAGGCUAGGCUUGAUGCACUCCAUAACCCAAAUUCGAGUUCUGUAUUUCAGUACAGGCGAGGAGCAAACGGAGAGGUAUUAGUAGAAGAGCAAGAUGACGUUCCUCAAAGCAAGGAGGAAGGCUUCAGAACAUGGAAAUAUGAGAUGGAGAUGAGGUUUCUUCGCGGCGACGAUGACGACUUCGAUUAUGAUGCCGUGGACAACAAUGAAUUGUUCGAUGAUAAGGCAGAAGAGGAAAGAGUAGAGCUAGAUAAGUAUCUUGCUGAUGAGGAGCCCGAGUUUAUUCUUGAACAUGGACAGGAGCCGCAAGGAGAGACCGGCAUCCAGGAUUUUUAAUAACGGUUCUCUCUCAGCUAAUUAAGUAGAAAACAUCGAUUGGAAACCAAGACAUAUUCUACCGUAGCAGGGCUGUUGGAUUUGGAAGAAAGGUACGGAACCAUCUUUAAACUAGUUGAUCGCAAACCCUAAGUCCAUUUCACGAAUGCUGUAUCUUACCGAAAUGCUUCUGGAACUCACGAAGACUAUUUAUGAUCCAACUAGGCAAAUUGCCUGACGAGAUCUGUAGCCCAGUAUCGCUGCAAUUUACUUUUUAUGGAGAAUAAAAGACUGAUGGCAGCAAGCAUGCUCGUCA